AAACCAUUUGUGUUGUAAAAAUAUCACCAUAUACUCCGUAAUAGAAUUUGUGUUUUGGUGUAAAUGUGUAAUUGAGAGACGGACGAUUUAUACUCGGUAAUAGCGUACGAUUUUUGGUUAAAAAAAUGUACGAUUUGAAUUUAUAGACGAACAAUGUACCUGGGAGGGGAGGUUGCCGUUGGUUGCACGCAAAACUGGGACAGUUCUAGAAGAGUUUUUGUGGACCCCACUCCGUCGUUUCGUUUAAUAAAUCCAAAAUCCUUAUAAAUCGUGCCCAUCGUUUGCCGAAAAUCGCCAGGUCGUCUCUUGUUCAGCUCAUCUCCUCUCAUCAUACGACUCUGACUUCAGGUUCUUCUUUCUCAAUCUGACCCCCGAUUGCCAUAUUGCGCUUGCAUCUUCCCUGUUUCAGCCUAGAGCGUCAUCUAGGUUUUGUUUUGAUUUUGUGAGGACUUUAAGCGGUACGGAUUAAUAAAUGGCUUCGAAGCGCAUUCUGAAGGAGCUCAAGGAUCUGCAGAAGGAUCCGCCCUCAUCGUGUAGUGCUGGUCCCGUCGCCCAAGAUAUGUUCCAUUGGCAAGCUACUAUUAUGGGACCAUCAGAUAGCCCAUAUACUGGGGGAGUAUUUCUCGUGUCAAUCCAUUUUCCACCUGAUUACCCUUUUAAGCCACCAAAGGUUGCAUUUAGAACUAAAGUCUUUCAUCCAAACAUCAACAGCAAUGGAAGUAUUUGCCUAGAUAUUCUUAAAGACCAGUGGAGCCCAGCUUUAACCAUAUCCAAGGUUCUGUUGUCUAUCUGCUCUCUGCUGACGGAUCCAAAUCCAGAUGAUCCGCUUGUACCAGAAAUAGCUCAAAUGUAUAAGAACGACAAGUCCAAAUAUGAGCUCACUGCUCGUAGCUGGACACAAAAGUAUGCUAUGGGAUAAGGCUGCUGCCAUUAUUGUUAAUCUGUUUAAUUUGAAAACUAGCAUUUCAAUAACUUUGGUGGUGAUGAAGUUGUCUGUUUUUUUUUAUUUCCUCGUUUGAGGCAACAACAAUCAAUGUUCAGUAAUCUUUAAACUUUGGUGAAUACAAGUUUGGUGCUC